CCGAGUAUCAUGAACAGUUGAGCAGUGGGAGCGCAGCUCGAGCAGAAAGUUGCCGGCAAAAGAUACGAUGUGGAGUGGAACGGGUGACCACGAUUCCGUUCGCCGAAGUGACGUUGACUUAAUACGGUGACGUUCGGGCGGUGACUACGCUCGUUUGUGCUCGUGGUGACUUUGUUUGUUCCCCCUUUGGAAUAGUGUUUUGAUAUAAGACUUCACGUUGAAAGUAUGGAGAUGAAAUAUGAAUCAACGUUCGCCGUGCGGUGGGGUUGUAUUUUCUGCUGCGCCUUUGCGGUGACGUUGGUGGUCGUGUCUGGUCAGAAGUCGGAACAUCGUCCCCUGCCUUUUCCCGCUCUGGACCGGCUACCUCUCAAGAGUAGCGACAGCGACGGACCUCGAAUACCUGAGGGUCGUUGUAGGGACUGCGGCGGUGAACACUCGUCAACACCCCUGUGUGGCACGGACGGGAGGACGUACUAUUCCCAGUGCGAGUUGGACAGGGCGCGGUGUCAGGGCCACUUGGUCCAAGUCAAGCACGAAGGAGCGUGUCCUGAGCUGGGGCGAUGCGUAGCACAAAAGCGUCAAGCCGAGGAACAAAUCCGAUUGGGUGCUAUGGGUGUCUUCGUCCCGCAGUGUACCACUGACGGAGCAUUCCUGCAAGUGCAAUGUCAUUCCCUGACGUCUUAUUGCUGGUGCGUCGACCCGCAAGGAAAAGUCAUAUCCGGUUCAUCGGUACACAAGAAGCAACCGAAUUGCACACAAGCUGACAGGAGAAAUACAUUUCAGCGCAGAGCGUCUCGGCGCGGACAACCAAAGAAAGGUUGCACCAACGCUGAUCGGAGCCAGUUCAAUAGCAAUCUCAUCGAAAUAUUCCACAGUGAAUACAAGAGGUUACCAGACCCUCCGGAAAUGGACCCUUCCGGACCAAUACCGUGGACGCUGCUGGACACACAAGACAAGCGCGUCAUCCAGUGGAAGUUUACGGAACUGGACGUCGGCGAGGACGGGGCCCUUCAAAGGCGAGAAGUGAGGGACCUGAGGAAAAUGGUUCGUCGCAUUGUAGAACCCAGAGAGUGUGCACGAACAUUCGUGCGCUACUGUGAUCUGGAUCAGGACAAACGGAUUUCCCGGUCCGAGUGGUCAGUCUGCCUCGGAGUCGACAUUCAUAUGGUUUCCUUCCGUCUGUUUAUGUCGUUGAACUCAGACGAACAGCACGGCCAGAACAGCGCCCCCUCGGAGACUUCAGAGGACAGCAGCGACACCUUCGACUCCCCCAUGCGAGACACGGACGCCACCCGCCAUGUUCCGGUGGCGGCAACCGCAGUGGAAUUCGCUCCUGAUGACGACGACGACGACGACGGGGAGAGAUUGCGUCCCCCUGGCGGUGGUUGGGGAAGGCCUCAGAACAGGUUGAGAAGCGAGCGCCUUUCGACAGAAGAGCCAGUCAUCUCCAGAGGUGAUGACGACACGCAAGACUGCCUCCAUUCCCGUCGUCAAGCCGAGGAGCAAGCCAGACUGUCUCCACGAGGUCGCGUGUACGUUCCGGAGUGCCGACCUGAUGGAUUGUACGCUGAAGCCCAGUGUCAUACGGGUUACUGUUGGUGCGUCAACCCACGCACGGGCAGACCCAUCAGGGGAAUCCCCACUUUGGGGACCAAGCCUGACUGCGCAGCGGCGAGACAGCAUGCACGCGCAUUCAAAGGCUGCUCCUACAAGAAGAAACAGUCAUUCAUUACUGAACUAGUCGAGUAUUUCGCCAAAGAAAUGGCUUCAAACAACAGCGCCCUGCAAGAUUCCACCCAGCGGGAACAAGUUGUGCAGUGGAAGUUCUCAUCCUUGGAUGCUAGUCACAGCAAGGUACUGGAAAGGAAGGAGUGGAAGCUCUUCCGACGAGGCUGGAAAGACUUCCUCUCUCAGGGAGAGGGAAAAACGAACGGUCCACCGAGGAACAAACUGAGAAAGUGCUGGAGAAAUUUCCUCCGGUACUGCGACCAAGAUUCCGACAACCGUGUCACCCUCGAAGAAUGGAACAAGUGCACCGAUGCCGGUACGUCUACCACCGAAACUUCAACCCGACUACCAAACAGCCCAAAACGUCGAGGACCCAACCCAUUUUCGACUAUCCUGAAGAGCACUUAGGAAUCCACAGCUCUUCCAUUUCAUCGAACCGACUUUGUGGGCCUGCGACAAGAAAAAAAAAAAAAGACUGACUGUGUACUCCUGUGCUUCGCUGUCCAUUGUGCCGACGUGCUUUCUAAGUGCCAAAAUGCCGCCAUAAAGUGUGAGAAGAGAAGGACAGGUGUGGUCGAGAAAACGUCUCUCGAGAACAGUACCCCGAGUACCCCGAGUGGACGUGUAUAGAUCAACAGGACCGCAGGAGGAAGGGACGAAGGACAGUUGCUCCUAUACUGAGGAGAAACUAUCGUCACGAUGUCUAUUCUCCCAGAUAUGAUGAUCAGUUUUAUGCUUUUAUCUUUCUCUGUACUCUUUAUCUAUACUUUACAUUUACGCGCGUACUUCGCGUUUUCACAUUUCUACUAGAAAGUCUCCAUUUUGAAGCGUACACUCUUAAAAAUGAACUUCACCUCAUAGCACGCUCCUGGC